AUGCUGGCCAGAUCCUUCACUGUUUCUUUGGCCUGUGCUGCCCUCGCGUUUGCACAGAGCGCUUCGCUUACUGUCCCACCUGCUGCAGAGACGCUCGCUGCCAAGAUCACGCCUGCAGAGCUUCCUCUUUUCGAUGGCGAGACCAUACAACUGACAGACGAUGUCGUAGCUACGCUCCUACAGAACCCUGAUCUUGCAGAGUAUGCGUCACUGUACGAGUUCGAGGACAGCUCGAACUCUACGCUUUCGGUGCGGGCACGCCGCACUCGUAGAGCUCUUCGUUGCAAGACUAUGCCUGGGGAUGAAUUAUAUCCGAGCAAAGCUGCGUGGAGUGUUUUCGACACCUUACUUGGCGGUGCUCUGGAGAAGAUUGUUCCUAUAGGCUCGUCCUGCUACAAGAAAUCCGAGUAUGACAACUACGAUGCCGCAAAGUGCGCGAACCUGGUGAAGAACUUCGAUCAAGAAGAGAUUUACUAUGUUGAUAACGGUGCACUGAUGAACCCUCUGUGGUAUGGAAUGACCUGUCCCAUUCCCACUUCAGGCGACUCCGCCAACGGAACUUGCACCCAAGGUGGCUACUCGGAGUAUGCUGUAAAGAUCAGCAACGUUGCGCAGAUUCAGUUAGCAGUGAACCUCGCACGCAACCUCAACCUUCGCCUAGUCGUUCGCAACACUGGUCAUGACUACAACGGUCGCUCGGUAGGGAAAGGUGCACUGAGUAUCUGGACGCAUGGCCUCAAGGAGAUCAAGUAUGUCAAAAACUACAAGAGUUCGAUGUACAAUGGACCGGUCUUCAAAGUCGGAGCGGGCGUCCAAGGUUUCGAGCUCUACCAAGCUGCCGACAAAUAUGGCGUCUCCGCUAUCGCUGGUAUCUGCCCUACCGUGGGUGUGUUUGGAGGCUACUCUACAGGCGGCGGGCACAGUCCUCUAAUGCAGUUGUUCGGCGUGGGGUCUGAUCAAAUCGUCGCUCUCGAAGUCGUCCUUGCUAGUGGCCGUUUCAUUACUGUUACCCCAGAGGUCAACAGUGAUCUUUACUGGGCCAUGUUAGGCGGUGGAGGCGGUACCUUCGGCGUGAUCACAUCUGCUGUAGUCAAGGUCCACCGCAAGGUCCCGGUCACUCAGUCUUCCUGGACCAUCAUGACGUCCGAGGCUGUUACAGUCGAAAAGUUCUGGGAGGCAUUUAAGUUCUUUUUCGACAACAUUCCCGUUUACAACCGAGCGAAAACCUACUCCUAUUUCUCCCUCAUGAAGCUCGCACCAGGAACUUACAUGUGGUCGAUGGGCCCAUUCUUUGCCACGGACAAGACAGUCGAAGAGUAUGACGCUCUUAUCAAGCCUUUCUACGAGAAGUGUGCCUCGCUUGGUAUUGAGCUCAGCCCCAAUACAACCCACCACGACAGUUUCUACCCAGCCUACCAGGCGACAUUUGGCACCUUCAACUAUUACAUUGGUGGCGCCACAGGUAUUGCGGCCAACCGUUUGUUGACAUCGGAAAACUGGGAGAACUCUGAGAUUCGCAACCAAACAGUGGCCGCUAUUCAGCAGAUUGUGGAAAAUGCUAUGAUGAUAAAUAUGUACCACCAGCGCCCUAUCGACCCGGAACAAAAGGGUAUCAAUUCUGUCAACCCUGCUUUCCGCAACGAAGAGAGCCAGAUGGUCGUCAUCAACAAUGUCCCCGAAGAAUCCGCUGCGGGGUGGCAAGCUACCGUCGAAAAGAUCACCACUGAGGUCAUGGCUCCUCUACGUGAGAUAUCACCCGCUGGCGGCGCGUACGGUAAUGAGGCCGACAUCGCCGAGCCGGAUUGGCAACAAUCUUUCUGGGGCUCCAACUACCCCAGGCUCCAGCAGAUCAAGAAGAAGUAUGAUCCUGGUAUGCUCUUCUAUGUGCAUCAUGGUGUUGGCACCGAAGGCUGGGCCAUUGAUGACAACGGCAUUAUCGGCGCGGGUGUUCAGUCGACGGACGGUCCAUUGUGUCGCGUGUAG